CUGCGGCCAACAAACUUAGCGUCUUUCUGACCGUACAUUUCAUCCAUCCAUCCGAGGUCGAAUCCUUCAUCCCAUCUGGCAAUCAUCAUGGAGAUGGAAGAGGGAGAGCUCAGCGAUGAGGGUGGGCCCUUAGAAACGCCUCCCUCCCCCCCGCCGCCCAUGGCCUCUCAUCGUCGUUCGUCAGCCCAAUGGGCCAGCCAUAGCAAUCCACCCGGGAUUCAGGUCACUUUUCAGACGGGUGCUCGAGAUUUGCCCGAUUUGGUGCGUUCCAUCGACGGUGGAGACCAAUUGCCCUUGGACCGGAGUCUGACUGAGCGCAUGGAAAAACGCGCCAAGCGCUUCAACUUGUCAGGUUGGAAAUCCCAGGUCAAUUUUGAUCUUAUUCAAGGUCUCUAUCAGAGUUUGGGCAUUCCCGAAGAUGAACGCGAUGGAAAGUUAGACAAAGAUCAACGAAUGUUCCGUUUGGAGGCCUUGCACGUUCACGGCGUGGGAAAAAUGGUAGCCGAAGACAUCUACGACUACUUUAAAGAGUUCAACCCCAUCUCGUACGAGUGGGUGGAUUCCAAAUCCGUGAACGUGGGUUGGGCUUUGAGCUCCACUUCGGCUCAGGCCUUGUUGGCCUUGAGUCGCCCCAUUCUGGAAGCCGAGGAUGAAGCCAUGGAGGUCAAUGAACGUGUGGUGGACGAAAACGGCGAUCAGGAACCUCGAGCCAAACCCGAACCUUUAACGAAAGAGGAACUAUUGGACAAGUUUGAGAGGUCUAAAGAUGAGCCGUUCACUCGAGAUGAAAUCCCAGGCCCAAUUCCAGCCGGGUGUUGGCGCUUGGGUAAACCAAGUCAGCAAGUCACCACCAUUUUUAUGAGGAUUGCGACUGUGAAAGAUUCCGCCUCGGGCCAUCCGACCGAAGAUAAGCAGUUGUUUCAGAAGAAUAGACAACUUCGCAUGGAAGGAGGAUUGCUGUCCGCGUCCAGGAAACGGAAGUUGCACGAAGUCGUUCAAUUCGAUAGGGAACGCGUCGCCGAAGAGGAAAGAGCCAAGAAAUAUACCGGUCCUGUAGGGAAGAACCCUUGGGGUUCGAUUGCCAAGGAUUGGACUCAAACGCCCAAGUCCCGGGAUUUUGCCGACGAGUUGCAGUUGUUCGCUCAACAAAGAGGCAUAGGAAUACCUGGACCUGGUCCUUUGCGCCCGUUGGUCAAGGAUUGGGAUCAACCGCAAGACCUCAACGAAGAGUUCUAUGAAGAGGAAAUCGAAGAAGACGAUGCCAUUUGGAAGAAGAAGUUGAAACGGCCCAGAAUGUCCAUGGUAGCAGAUGCGAUUGAGGUCAAACGGCCACCGGCAAGAAAUCGUCUCCAUGUUCACCGAAGGAUUUCCAAUCCCAGUCGCAUUGAAAUCUACGAGCAAGAGGAAGAAGACGACGACUAUGAAGAUGAGCCAUUGGUUCCUGCCAGAGACCUCCGAAUGACCAUCAAGACUAAAGUUGAUCCUGAUGCCCCCGAGUCCAAUCAAAGACUCACGGAACGUUUCCACGGAUCAGUUCAUCGGCGUUUGGGCGAAAAACGACGCAAUUCUGACGACAGUUUGGAACGCGAUAAUGGCGAGGAUCUCCGGGGAGAGUUGACUGAUCGACAUUUACGCGGUAAGAACAUGCUCAUCCAAGUGUCAAGGUCGGAUGGAGAGGAAGAUCGAGAAGUCGAACGGAUCAACCAAAAGGUUCCCUCCCUGGUUAGCGUUAAGCAGGAGAAGAUGGAGGAUGAGGCUGACAGGAGCGUGAAAACGAUUCGCAGAAUUCAAUCCCCUGUGGAACCAUUGGAGAGCAAAAAAGAAGUUCGUGAACAAAUUCGACGCCAAGAGCGACAGAAAACCGAAAAUUCCCAGUUGGACCGGAGCCGCUCCAGCCGUGUUAGUGACCGUGGUGUGGCCAAGAAAAAGCCUCUCAAUGACAGGGAAAUGAUUCGCAAACCGAUGAAAGACACGGACAGGAAAGACUCACGAUCUAUCUCCUCCAGAAGACCUGGGAUCAAGAUCAAGAAAGAAAAGACUUCUGACGAUGAGAAGAAGAAACGAAAGACGAAAAAACGAGACGAUAGUUCCUCAAGCAGUGACGACGAGUCGACUUCAGGGGACUCAUCUUCAGAUAGUUCCUCGUCCGACACAUCCUCUUCGGGAAGUUCAGAUUCGAGCGACUCGGACUCGGACUCUUCAAGCAGCAGUUCCUCGAGCGAUUCCGAGGAUGAGAAGGCCAAAAGGAGGAAAAAGAAGAUCUCCUCCUCUUCGGGCAUAGGCAGCAAGAAAAAGCUGUCUUCGUAUUCGGAUCGGUCCAAAUUGCAGAAGCGUGGAAUAUCCAGACGGGAGGACAUUAGAGAAGGUCGAAAAACUACGUCAUCCGUGAGCGUCUUCAAAAGAGACACGCAAGAUCAUAAUAGUAAGGGACGUGGAAGCAAGAAAGUGGAUGACAAGAAAAAGUCAUCCAAGGACGAUAGUGGUCUUCGAGAGAAACUGAAGAAGUACUUGAAGAAUGCCAAAGAGAAGCGAUCCACCAGUAAAAAAUAAAAGGCUUCGUACAAACUUAAUGAAGUCGUCAAUGAAGAACAAUCUGAUGUAACCCUAUCAAUUUUCGCCCCUGAAUAAAACAUACUUUGAUGACAAAA